CGAUAUUAGUGGAUGUUGUCAUUUCGUUAUCUGUGUUGUGUGUGUUGCUUUGCGAAUAAUAUCACCGGCAGAGGGCAAUUCCAAUUUAACAACACGUGUGAACCAUACACGAUGUACGCGUAAUUACUACUACCCUAUUGGAAUUGUUUUAUCUCUUCGAUUGCAGUAAAAAUAAGCAACAUAUGGAAUCAUUAAGAAGUUGACGAAUCUCAGAGGAAUUGCAAUUUUAAGGGCUCUCCAGACUUUACCAAAACGACGUAGAUAGUCUUAAGCCAUAGUUGACGUGGAAUAGAUCUUCCCAAAUCCGACUAUUUCAUUUAUUUUUGAAUUGUGCUUUGACUACGAUCCGCCAUAAUACAUCGUCACGUGGCAAGAAGAGGCGAAUAUGAACUGUCGGUACGUCGCCGGAAACGCCAGCCAUCGAUCAUAGCCUAUAUAUGGCAAGAAUGUCCUUUCCUUCACUCCCUGCAACAUGGCAUAUCAAGUUGAAUGGCUACAACAAAAAAUUCACCGUCUUUCUUCUUGGGCUUUGCUUUGUUGGAAUUGUUGCACUGAUCCUCAUCGUUGAAAGUCACAAACUGGGCAUGGAUGACAGCUAUGAGAGAUAUGCCAGCAAAUACACUCAUGCGGAAGCUACAGAUAUCACUGACCCCAACUUGUUUUUUGGCAUUGUGAUCGAUGCUGGUAGUAGUGGGACAAGGGUGUUUGUUUAUUUUUGGCCACGUCACACAGGAAAUUCCAAUGAGUUGCUUCAGAUUCAACAAAUGAGAGAUAAAGACAGAUCACCUGUAGUCAAGAAAAUCAAACCUGGACUUUCUACUCUCGCUGAAAAUCCUUCAGAAGCCAAUGUUUAUCUACGCCCAUUACUGCAAUAUGCAGCUGAUCAUAUACCACGCAUGAAACAUCAAGAAACACCGUUAUAUGUUCUCGCAACCGCAGGAAUGCGAAUGCUGCCUGAAAGCCAACAAAAUGCAAUUUUAGAUGAUAUUCGAAAAGAUGUCCCAAAGGAAUUUAAUUUCUUGUUUGCUGAAACCCAUACUGAAGUGAUCACUGGGAAGGAGGAGGGAGUCUAUGCUUGGAUUGGCAUUAAUUUUGUUCUUGGACGAUUUGACCACACAGAUGAUGAUGUGCCGAUAAUGGCUGUGGACGUGCCGGGUGCAACCAAUAAAACUCCAAUGCUGCGUAAAAGAACAGUAGGUGUACUUGAUAUGGGAGGCGGUUCAGCGCAGAUAGCAUACGAAGUACCCUCAACUGAGGAAUUGGCAAAGUCCUUGUUAGCCGAAUUCAACCUUGGCUGCGAUACACACGAGACGGAGCAUGUGUACAGAGUUUAUGUGACCACCUUUCUGGGUUAUGGUGCAAAUGUUGCUAGAGAGAGAUAUGAAAAAAACAUUGUUAAUAAUACCAAGCAUGGGAAUAUUGUUGGAGGAACCGCAGAGAAACCUAUCUUGGAUCCUUGCUUACCUCAGGAAAUGCCGGAUGAAAUUACAGAUGAUAAUGGAAAAGUGUACUAUUUGAAGGGGACAGGGAACUUUGCUAAGUGCAGACAGGCUGUGCAGGCACAGUUGGAUCUUUCUGUCCCUUGCCAAAAAGAACCUUGUUCUAUCAAUGGGGUAUAUCAACCCACUAUGGACUUCUUGAACAGUGAAUUCUACGGUUUUUCAGAAUUCUGGUAUUCCAUGGAGGAUGUGCUCCGAAUGGGGGGACCAUAUAAUUAUUAUACUUUUACAAAAGCUGCACAGCACUUCUGUGCAUCUAAAUGGUCUUUGCUGGAAGAGCACCAUAAAAAAGGACUCUACCUCAAGGCUGAUGAACACCGAUUCAAGUACCAGUGUUUUAAAUCAGUCUGGAUGGUGGCUAUUCUGCAUGAUGGUUUUAAAUUUCCUGAAAACUAUCACAAUUUACGUACUGCAAGUUUAAUUCAUGACAAAGAGGUUCAAUGGACCCUGGGAGCUAUACUGUUCAGAACCAGGUUCCUGCCUUUACGUGAAAUGCAAGAAGGUAUUUUUCAACGAGGUUACAAACCGCCAUGGAUGCGUGCUUCAGUGGUGUCCAAUCAAUACUUGCUCAUUGUAUGCUUUGUUGUCGUUCUUGCCGCUAUCUUACUGUAUAUAGGAAGACUGCGAAAACUUGGCUUCCUGUCGUCACAGCUAACACGUGUGCCAACAAUGGCUUAUUUCAUGACUGAGGAAGGACAGGUACAAGAAGGAAUUGCCGAACAAAAAUAUUAUGGUUACAGCUAAUGAUAACUUUUUAAUUAGACUGAAUUUUAGCAGCCAGUUAAACAAUAAGGUGAUUCCACCGAAUACAAUGCAUAUAUAUUUUUAAUUCUAAACUGGCAACAUUCAGAAAGUACAUGUAUAUAUAUAUAUAGUCCUAUGAUAUACAAUUCCCCGUUCCUGAAUUACCAUCAGACAUAAUGUAAUUUUAUUUGCGCAUGUGUAACCUACCUUAGCAACGGACAAAAAUAUAUAAAAAAUCAAAAUAACAUCGGUAGACAUGCAACCUGGAAGAUAAAGAAAGCUGAGUGAGUGAUGUGUGGGUAGAAACGAGAACAGCUAGAAGACUUUUUAAGAUAGCUGAAAAACGUGGAUUUCCAGUUGACAAAGAAGAUUUGAUGACGAUUUGUGUAUCACAGAGUAUAUGACCGUGGUGUAUUUUUCAACUCCCAAAAUACGUGCAAAAAGUAUGAAAAUACUAUGCUAUAGCUAUAAAUAAUUUGCAUGCUCAUUGCUUAAGCAGAAUUGUGUGCUAAUUUUCAGAGGCUUGUACAAGUUAGUUGAAAGAUGAUGACAGUUUUAUUUCAGUGGAAUUUUAUGUUGUUCGUUGGAAACAUUGAUUUUCAGUACACUGCAACUCUGUGCAUUUGGAACAUUACAAAUCUGUCCUAGCUUCCGGUUUAUUGACCACAGCACACAAACGAUGAACAUUCAAACUAUCUAUUCAGGAACCGGGAAUUGAUUGUGUAUAUUAACUCAAAAAUAUUUGAACUGGUGUACAGAACUGUAUCAAUUUCAUGGUGGUUGCCAUGGUUGUCACAAGGAAAAUGUGUAUUGCGAGGGACAGAUUUACCGUGGCGACACCCAUGGAUUUGACAAGGGAACAUGCUGCUAGGAACUUGUUCUUCGUUGGCUCCAAUG